UUUUUUUUUUUUUUUUUUUUUGGUUCUUUUUUUCGGAGCUGGGGACCGAACCCAGGGCCUUGCGCUUCCUAGGUAAGCGCUCUACCACUGAGCUAAAUCCCCAGCCCCUGUCAUGGACAAUCUUAACCUUUCAGGCCUCUGAGGCACUCAAGGAAUCCCGCACAGAUAUUGGGGGGCUCCCUUUAAGAAUUCUCAGAGUUCUUUUUGGAGUUACUAUGUUUGAUUGGUUUUGGUCAUCGAUGAGCCAAAGAAGAGCUAUGCAAAGACGUGAGCCGCAUUCAAGAUGGAAAUGCACACAGCUCAAAGGCUCCUGAAGGAAGAGAUAGCGGAUAAAACGAGCUUCAUCUAGCAGGCCCGAGCUUCCUGUUGUCAAGGCGACGAUCCUCCAGGAGAGGUCCGGGCCAUCGAUUGGCGAGGCCUAGCCCGGGUCCCCAAGUGCCGGAAGGUCGCCCCGCCGCGCUCGCUCGCUCGCUCGGCGGUCGAUUAAGAGGGCUUCCUGAAGGCUGGGCAAGAGGGUGGGUGGGAAGAUGGCGGCCGCGGCGGCAGGUGGCCUGCCUGGGAAGGGACACGAUAUCAGCCUGGCAGCCCUGCGGCGCCACGACCCCUACAUCAAUCGCAUCGUGGACGUUGCCAGCCAGGUGGCUCUGUACACUUUCGGCCAUCGGGCCAACGAGUGGGAGAAGACUGGUGUGGAAGGAACCUUAUUUGUUUAUACAAGGUCUGCCUCUCCGAAGCACGGAUUCACCAUUAUGAAUAGGCUCAGCAUGGAAAACAGAACAGAGCCCAUUACUAAAGACUUGGACUUCCAGCUCCAGGACCCUUUCCUUCUCUACAGAAAUGGCACACUGUCCAUUUAUGGAAUUUGGUUUUAUGAUAAGGAAGAGUGCCAGAGAAUUGCAAAACUAAUGAAAAACCUCACUCAGUGUGAACAGUUGAAAGCCUGUCAUGGAGCUGGAGCAGGAUCCUCCCCAGUGACCUUGAGUUCAGGAGAGGGCCGAGAAGUAGAUAUCCUGCAGAUGCUCACCAAGGCCAAAGAUGAGUACACCAAGUGUAGGAGCUGUUCUGAGCCAAAGCAGAUGACCAGUUCUUCUGCCAUCUGUGACAACCCCAAGCUCAUCAAACCUGUCCCCGUGAGACCCAGCAGCAGCCAGAGGCUGCACGAACCCACGCCCAGCAAGACCUUGGACCCUGAGCCUCAACACUUACCUUUGACAGCGCUAUUUGGGAAACAAGACAAAGCCCCUUGUCAGGAAACUGUGAAACCAUCCCGGACCUUUGCCCACCACCAUCACCAUCACCACCACCACCAGCAGCAAGAGAAGCUUCCAGUUCAUCACGGGGUUGCAUGCUCCCUGGCCUGUGAGGAUCCCAGGAAGCUCUCACUCCCAGUGGAGAAGCAGCUAUGCCCAGCCAUUCAGAAACUCAUGGUUGGGAGCAUGGGGCUGCACUCCCUGCCACAGCACCCUGGACAGUGGCCCUGUGAAAGUGGCAGCCCCAGCCCUGCAGGGGGAAUUCUUCCUGGUCCUGUCCAGCUGGGGGCCCCCUGGAAUGGUAGGGCUGCACACUGUACACAGAGCACUUGCAGAAGCCACAAGCUGUUAGAGCAGCUUCAAGGUGCCCCUGCCGCAGUACAUAAGUAUAGCUUCUGUGCACCUGCCAGUCCAGCCGUGACCACUCAGGUGGCUCCAGGCCAGAGUGUGGCCCAGUCACAGCUGGUGUAUUUCAGUGGCCCCCUUCCACCUCCCACGCCAGGACAUCAGGCUCUCGGGAAGGAGCAGUGUGCACCACCAGCACAAGCGGUGUCGCUCUCUGGCAGCCAGGAGAGCAGCCCCACUGUGCUCCCUACUCAGGAGCUGCUAAGAAAGCUCCAGGUAGUACAACAGGAGCAGCAGGCAGCCCCCCGGCCAGCCUUGGCAGCCAGGUUCCCUGUGUCAGCCCAGGGAUCAGGGACAGAAAAGCCCUUGGAAGCCUGGGUCAGCAAGACAGCCAGCAUGGAGAAACAGGCUCCUCUUCUGCAGACCGUGUCAUCUCAGUGUGUCCCUGCUGCAGUGGCUUCUCUGCUCACACCCCCUGUGGUUUUCACACAGUCUACCUGUGCCCCACUGAGAGAGACUGAUAAUGGGCUCAUGGCCCUAGGAGGCCCAGAACUUCCUGCUGCCUCCUCCAGCCUCCUUCUGCCCCUGCAGAACUGGGAAUCCUCCACCAUGGCCAGCAGGCCCCUCACCAGGCUGCAGCUCCAGGAGGCACUGCUGAACCUCAUCCAGAAUGACGACAACUUCUUAAGCAUAAUCUACGAAGCCUAUCUCUUCAGCGUGACACAAGCCGCCAUGAGAAAAGCCACGUGACCAGCUACCUGAGAGCAAAGACUGAGAACUGGUUUUCCGGGGUCUUCCUGUGAACUGGUGUGACCAAACACAUUUAUGCCUUUUUAACAAAGUAUAGUGAUGCAGAGUAAAAUGUUUUGUACUAUCCAA